AUGUCAAUUUUUCUUCCUAUCACAGGCCUGCAGUGGGAUCUGGAUCAGCGGGUACAUGGCCAGCAUCUGGCAGUGAAGCAGAUAUUAUCUUCUGUUAAGAGGUUCCUGCAGGAGGAUCAGUCUAAAAAGUCCCUGGUGCUCUCAUUCCAUGGAUGGACAGGCACUGGAAAGAACCUUGCUGCCCGUAUCAUUGCAGAGAAUCUUUACCAGAAUGGGCUCCGGAACCGGUGCACCAAAGUGUUCAUUCCACAGCUGCACUUCCCCCACCAGUCACACGUGGAGGCAUACAAGGCUCAGCUGGAGAAGCAGAUCAUAGAGAUUUCCUCUCGUUGUGCACAGCCCUUGUUUGUAUUUGAUGAGGCUGACAAACUACCAGCAGCUCUCCUGGAGCCUCUGUUACCCCUUUUUGAAGAUGACUUCCAGGCCCGCAGCAUCCUCCUAUUUCUCAGGUAA